AUGGCGGUAGAAAUUGCGAUGGGUAUUCAGCCGGGGUUCUCACGGAUUCCCAAGGGCGUGCUUGACCCUAUCUGCGAACGCUACGGUGUUGGAAAGAAGUACCCGUCCGAGUUGUGGAAACGGGUCAAAACCCAGAUCGACAACACCCAGGAGCUGGACCUUUCAAACGAGGAACGAAGUGGGCGGCCGUCGCUUCUCACCCCUUCAAAGAUUGCGGCGCUCAAGACAGUCAACAGCCAGAAUCGGUCAUCCACCCUCCGGCAGGUGUCCGACCAGCUGACCGACCUCGGGCUGGAGUUCGGUAAGGACACCGUGAGGCGGUGGUUCAGCAAGUUAGGGGCGGCAAAGAAGGCUGGACGCAUCAAGCCGUCCCUUUCCGACGCCCAGAAGAGGCACCGAAUGGACUUCAUCUCCGACCGGGUGGACGAACCGAUUGGGGAGUACCUCGACCAGGGAAACGUCGUCCACCUGGACGAGAGUUGGUUUUACCUCAUGAGGGAGAAAGAGAAAGUUCGAGUGUUCUCAGGCGAGGAUGUCCCGGGGCCCCCUCGCGUUCCACACGAGAGCCACCUUCCAAAGAUCAUGGUCAUUGUGGCAAACGCUCGCCCGGACCCUGCCCACGACUUCGACGGCAAGAUCGGCAUCUGGCGGAUUUGUGUCAUCGAAACCGCCCAGCGAUCGUCCAAGAAGAGUACGAGUUCGACUGCACCAUCGACGCGGAGUGGAUGGCGCGAGCCCCCACACGGNCGAAACCGCCCAGCGAUCGUCCAAGAAGAGUACGAGUUCGACUGCACCAUCGACGCGGAGUGGUACAAGGACUGGUACAUCGACGUACUUCUGCCUGCGAUCAAGGAGAAGAUGCCUUGGCUUCGUUCAAAGCGCGUGGUAGUGCAGCAGGAUGGCGCGAGCCCCCACACGGGCAAAGGGAAUCCAGAGAUUCUCAACUCGGCGGGGAUAGCGCGGGGGUGGUUGGUAGAGCUUGUGACUCAGCCUGCCCAGUCGCCUGAUUUAAACAUUAACGACUUGGGCUGCUUCGCAUCUCUCAAGCCAAGGGUGUGGGGGGUGAACGCGUUUUCGAUAGACGAGUUGGUGUAG